UGUGAGCAUGAGUGAGUGAACGAAACACACAGAAGGACAGAAUCACAUGCUCUCCUCUCGCACGGCACACUGCUCUUCAGCUCUGAUCUCAUCGCUAUAAAGAGAGAGAGAGAGAGAGAGAGAGAGAGAGUGUGUGUGUGUGUGUGUGUGUGUGUGUGUGUGUGGACACUGUUGGACUAAUUACAGAACUGGAAUUGUGGAUUUAAGAGAUUCAUCAGUGAGCACACACUGGUCAAGCCUCGAGGGUUUGUGAGGCUCUCACUGCAGGACACGAGGAGGAACGAUGAUCCGAUGGACCUGAUUCACACUCAGUGAGCUCAAAGGCCUGAAGGUCAUGGGGUCGUUCACGCUGGGGAAAGCGGCGCCGCUGGAGCUGCUGUUAGACGCCUGCAUCGCUGCCUUCGAUGAUGAAGGAAACCUAAACGGGAAUCAUCUUCCCCGAACUCUCCUGCUAAUGCACCGAUGGUACGUCUCAUCUAAGGAGCUAGCGGGAAAACUCCUCAUCAUAUAUCGGGACUGUACAGGAGACGACAGCGAGCGAACGCGGCUAAAGAUCUGCUAUUUAAUGAGGUACUGGAUUGUGGAGUUUCCCGCUGAAUUCGAUCUGGAUCUCGGUCUGAUUCGUCUGACGGAGGAGUUUAGAGACGUAGCAGCGCAGCUGGGCUGUGACCAACACCUCCGUCUGCUUGACAUCUCCACCAUCCCGUCGUACGACUGGAUGAGGAAGCUGACGCAGAGGAAGAAGCAGGUGAAGAAAGGUAAAGCCUCUCUGCUGUUCGAUCACCUGGAGCCCAUGGAGCUGGCAGAACAUCUCACCUUCCUGGAGUACAAAUCCAUCCGCAGGAUAUCAUUCACAGACUAUCAGAGCUACGUGAUGAACGGCUAUGUGAUGGACAAUCCCACACUGGAACGUUCCAUUGCUCUGUUUAAUGGCGUGUCCCAGUGGGUCCAGCUGAUGGUCCUCAGUAAACUCACACCACAACACAGAGCCGACGUCAUCAGCAAGUUCAUACACGUGGCCCAGAAACUUCUACACUUGCAGAACUUCAACACACUCAUGGCGGUGGUUGGAGGUUUGAGUCACAGCUCCAUCUCGCGCUUGAAGGAAACUCACGCACACCUCAGCGUUGAUGUCUCCAAGAUCUGGAGUGAGAUGACGGACCUGGUGUCGUCCAAGGGGAACUACAGCGCCUACCGUAAAGCCUACAGCGAGUGUGAGGGCUUUAAGAUCCCCAUCCUGGGCGUCCAUCUGAAGGACCUGAUUGCAGUACACGCGGUGUUUCCCGACUGGAUCGAGGAGAGCAAGCUGAACCUGGUGAAAAUGCAGCAGCUCUACAUCACUUUUAAAGAGCUGAUGGUGCUGCAGAGCUCGGCCGCUUACGUGGAGCCCAACAUGGACCUCAUCAACCUGCUGACUCUCUCACUGGAUCUCUACUACACUGAAGACGAGAUUUAUGAGCUGUCUUUACUGAGAGAGCCACGAAACACCAAAUCUGUGCCCACUUCUCCCACAACACCCAGUAAAACUCACGCUCCUCUGGACUGGGCUUCAGGAGUGACCACUAAACCCGACCCUUCUGUCGUCAACAAACACAUCCGGAAAGUGGUGGACUCUGUGUUCCGGAACUAUGACCACGAUCACGAUGGCUACAUCUCACAGGAGGACUUCGAGAGCAUCGCCGCCAACUUCCCCUUCCUCGACUCAUUCUGUGUGUUAGAUAAAGAUCAGGAUGGUCUGAUCAGUAAGGAUGAGAUGAUGGCGUAUUUCCUGCGUGCUAAUCCCGUACUGCAGUGUAAAAUGGGGCCGGGUUUCAUCCAUAACUUUCAGGAGAUGACGUACCUGAAGCCCACCUUCUGUGAGCACUGCGCUGGAUUCCUCUGGGGGAUUAUUAAACAAGGCUAUAAGUGUAAAGAUUGUGGAGUUAAUUGUCAUAAACAAUGUCGAGAGUUGUUAGUGUUAGCGUGUCGGAGACUUCCGCGCUCCACCUCACUCUGCAGCGUCUCCCCUGGAGCUCACAGCUCGUUACCCAGCAGCCCCACCCUGCCCACCUCCAAAGAUGAAGACGAGGUGUUCGAGUUCCCUGCCGUGUCGACUUCAGGUUCGGAUUUGGAGACUAAAUCCAUCACUCUGAUGACGGGUUCUGCUCAGAGGAUCUCGGUUCGCUUCCAGAGAGCCACCACGAGUCAGGCCACUCAGACAGACCCCCUGUGGCCCGAUAACGCCUGGAGCGAGUCUGGUUCUGGGUCACACACCUUCCCUAAGAUGAGGUGCAGGCCACAUCGCAAAAACUCUAAAAACAAAGGCUUUGCUCGCUGGGAAAACGAGACCAGCGUCCACGAGAGGAGAGAAUCACACAAGCAGCAGGAGGAGGAGGAAAGAAACAGAGUCCCACCGCUGCAGCACCAGUACAGCCAGGAUACCAAGAUCAGCUGACUUGGUGUCUCUGAGGGCCAGAUCAGGACGCGGGGGAGAUCUUCAGCUCCACGGCCCAGAAUGCUCUCCUCUCUGGGGCACAUGUUGGGGUGCUUCAGACCCUUGGAGUGACCCCAAAGUGAAGAAGAAGGAGGCGAUUAAACAGAGACGCAACAGCUGCUGCACCGGGGCGCAGACGUUAAUGAGAGACAGUGUGACUGAGAUGCUGAAGACGGUGCUGAUGCUGGAGGAUCGAAUACAGUUUCACAAUAUAAUGAUAUUUCUCUAAGUAGGAUUUCAUCAUCAUCAUCAUCAUCAUCAUAUUUUACGUUACAUGUAAAUCCAAACCAGUUGCCUGGAAGCAGAAGAAGUGCUCAUGAUGGUGACUUUCAUUUUUUAUGGUUCUGCAGGUGUUUGGGGGUAAAAGGUGUUUAUCAGGCUGGUUUUAUUUUUUCAGGGGUGGACAAAUCACAUGGUCACUAGCAAUCUGAGCGGGCAAGUGAAAUGAUCAAAGUGCUGAGCAGUGUGGGGCUAAAUAUAUUCAUGUGAGUGUGAUUGAUUAGAUGAUUAGAUAAUGAAGUGCGUUAAUAUGUCUGAGGAAAAUGAGUCAGAGCUCAACGUCCCGGGUACAAAAAAAAGGAAGCAGGACAGACUGAACCGAGUCAGUCAGAAUCAGACUCCAGAGAACGAGUGUUGUAGCAAAGGUCAGAGGAGUCAGGGUCAGAGUCAGAGAAGUCAACAUCAGAGCAGUCAGGGUCAGAGUCUGAGGAGUCAAAGGCAAAGGAGUCAAAGUCAGCAUAGUCAGAAUCAGGGUCAGAAGGGUCAAAGCCAGAGGAGUCAGAGUGAGAGGAGUCAAAGUCAAAAUUAAAGGAGUCCGAGUCAGAGUCAGAAUAUUAUUAGAAUAGAAGAGAGGACUGAAUGAAGAAAGAUGAAACAGAGGAGAUCUGAUGGGGUUUUCUGUAAGGAGACGUAAAUUACUUAAAAAAUAAAACAUUAGUGGAUGUUCUAGCACGCUGUAAGGGGAAACUAAUCAACUUCAGAGUGAGAUCAGUAACUCCGCCUCAUCCCACCACCCUGCUCUCUGUUAGCCCUUCUACAGAAAAUAAAUUAAAAUAGUUUUUUUUUUUAAGUGAGAUAAACGUCCACACAGAGACGUGUACACUGUGGUCCGAGGCUGAUCUGUCCACUCCUGGGAUUAAAGGUCAUUUUUUAGCAAGGAGGCGUGCGCUGUGUAAAACCAGCUUCUUUAGUUUUGCACUAAAGCUACCAAGCUAGCAAGUAACGAUAUGCUAAUCCUGCAAACAAACUAUUAUCAAAUCCUUUGCUGUGUGUGUGUGUGUGUGUGUGUUGAGAGGAAACGUUUUUGUGUAAUAUUCACAGAUAAAAACACUACAUGAUGUGUAGAGGAGAACAUGGUGUGUUACGGAGGUUCCAUGUCAGGGUUCAGAAGGUUGUGAUGAUGCGCUGUAAUGUAGUUUUGGUGGGCGGAGUUUAGCAUGUUAGCAUGUUUAUGAUGUCAUCGAGUGGGGAAAAAAGAGUCAGUAACACUAAUGAUGUUUGAUUAGGAUCUCGUUAUGGACUGGAGAUGAAGGUACGCCGCUCAGAUAAUACACCACACACUGUCCCUCAAGGGGACGUGAUGAACAGAUCCACAGAUAAACCUGUACCUAAUAAUAAAGAUAAGGACUUUUUAAUAUAUGAUGUUUCUUUAUUAAAAUAAAUACAAUAUCUUA